CGAGAAAAACAAUAUAGAUAUUCAGGUGUGCUCCGUCUCCAUACCCUGCACACACGUUGAUGAUGCCAGAGGGGAGCCGUCUGUACAGAACUGAGAGGCAGGCGGUGGUCUACAGAUUCCUCGAGCUCAGCACACACACAUCCCGGGGGAAGGAGGUAAUAGGCUGGCUCUAUGGCCUUCAUCAUCUCCAAUCAUUUCCCUGUAUUUUCAAUCCUUCGAUUUUUUUUUCAUCUUGGUACAGUUUCCAUUUGUAGCGACGCGACAACACCAAUUCCUACUAAAUUUGGCCUGUGCCUAUUGUUUUACGGAGGAGAAAAAAUAUCAUUUGUUCCUGCUCCGGGUGUCUAUAAAGUUUUGUCUAAAGGUGGCGUCGCCAUUGCGGCACUAGCAGUGGCACUAGCUGGGGAGGUUGACCGAGACUCCUUCCGGAUCCUGAAAUAAGGCCACCGCUCGUUUCCCCUCCCUUCACUCCCUUCCCUUGCAUUUUAGCCUCCCGCGGUUCUGGAGCCGCGGGCCAUUCCCAACCAUCGUUCCGGUGGUGGCCGGUAUUGGCCGAGACCCAUGGGCAUCCAGGUCGCGGCGGUCGUCACGCCGCCGCCGUGCUCUUCUUCCCCCUCGUCCUCCUCCCCGGCGUCGCCUUCGUCCUCGGCCAUUACCACGUCGCUGCGGCAUGCCGCGCCAGGCGUCAGGCUGGCGAGGAGCCAGUCGUCGCUGGCGGGCUGGAGCGCCGGCCUCGCCCCGCGGCGCGCCGGGCAGCACGCGAUCAGGCGCACCCUCAGCGCCAGCAUUGACAGCGUCGGGAGCGACGGCGGGGACGACGAGGAGUUCUUGAGGAGGAUCCAGGAGCUCGCGGCGGGGCAGCACCCGGGCGCCGGCGGGUGCGGGUGGCCGGCGAGCGUGGAGCGGAGCGCGAGCAGCGUCGGGCUGCCGCUGUCGCUGCGGAUGCUCAAGCGGCGGAAGCAGCAGCAGCAGCAGCUGGAGCAGGGGCGGAGGGACGAGCGGCUCGUGGACCGCGCCGGCGAGUCCGCGCGCGCCGCGGUGGGGCGCGCCUUCGCGUCGAUGGUGCUCAUCAUCCGGGAGCUCCAGAGCUUCACGCUGCAGAUGCGGGAGGCGCUCUUCUACGAGGACCUGCAGGGGGUCCUGGCGCGCGUCCACGCAGAGAUGCACGCCUCCUUUGUCUGGCUCUUCCAGCACAUCUUCUCCGGCACCCCGGCGCUCAUGGUCUCCCUCAUGCUGCUCCUCGCCAACUUCACCGUCUACUCCAUGGGCGACAGCGUCGCGACCGCCGCCACGAUCCCGCCUCCCCAGGCCGCCGUGGCGGCCGUCGAGAUGGUGGACACCCAGCAACCGGAGCAAUCCCAUUCUUCCCAGCAGCGGUUCGACCCCGCCGCGCUCAAGACGUUCUCCAUUGGCCGCACGGCCUCGGUGGGCGGGAACGGCGACGGGGGCGGCAAGGUGCGGCCGGUCGCCGGCUCCACCGGCGACGGCCAGUCGGACGAGUCGUCGUACAGACAAAGCGGAACGGUCUUGCCUCAGGACGCGUCACAGCAGGCGACACCACUGGGCGCCGGCUCGGAGGCGUCCGUGUCCGACUCAAUGGCCGUUGAGGAUGUACAGGACGAGCUGGUCAUCUGGAAGCGGAUAUCCGAUGAAGCCACCAGGAUGCAAGCGAGCGCGCGUGCCGAGGAGCUGAUGGACCCGGAAAUUCUGGAGCAGCUCGUCGCGCCGGUGGAGGCGCCGAAGCUGGACGUGGAGUACUCGGCAGAGCACGCGGCCACGGCGCAGAGAUACGAGCAGGCCGUGUCCGAGGAGCCCAGCAACUCGCUGCUGCUUGCCAACUUCGCUCAGUUCCUGUACCAGGUGCAAGGCGACCACGACCGGGCGGAGCACUUCUUCAAGCGGGCGGUGCGCGCGGAGCCGGCGGACGCGGAGGCGAUGGGGCGGUACGCGGCGUUCCUGUGGCAGGCGCGCAACGACCUCGCGGCCGCGGAGGAGACGUACCAGGAGGCCAUCGCCGCCGACCCCGGCAACGCGCACCACGCGGCGGCCUACGCGCACUUCCUGUGGAACACUGGCGGUGAGGACACAUGCUACCCCCUCGACUGAUGCCGCCGCUACCGUGCAACACAGAUCAUCGGUGCCUCCCAUAAAACCCAAACACAAAAAGAAAGAAAAAGAUCACUCCGCCACUCCACUCCCUUCCUUCGGCAAGUCCACGCUCUUCUCGCGGCAUGUGCUUUGGGCGGUCACCCGGGCGGCAACCUGCAAUGCUACAACAAGUGAGGCUGAAGCUGAUACACUUCGCACUGCUAGAAUCGUUCGUUUGCUUGAGGCAUGUUCUCUCUUCCGAUCCCGUGGUCUCUCGUUUUGGGGCAAGUAGUGGAGCAACGGGCAACGGAAACCCGCGGCUCGCCGCUGCUGCUUCCCGAGCUGGAAACCCGGCGGCUGCGACGAGUUGAAACGCCGGGAACGGCGGCAACGCGCGGUUGUCGGUUGCGCCGGGGGAUGGGGGUCCAUCCGUCCACUUGGCGUCGCGUGUCGAGACUCGAGAGGCGGCGUGGAUGUUUGUACUGGCACUAUGCACCACGGUGCCGUCGAGAUUUGCGAGACGCCGCUCUGUUUUCAGUGGAGCAGGUGGAAAGUAUAUACACCAGCAGCAAUUUGCUUCUUGUAACUGUGCAGAUGAAUAAACUGUAUAAGAAGCUCUUCAUUCC